UUUCCAGAAACUGCCUAAUCUUACAGUAUAGUUUAAAAAUGCAAUUGAUUCUGGCCUUUAUUCUAAUUCUACCAUAUUCUGUUAUUGCAGAAAUAUGUAACAAAAAGUCGUACAACGUGGUGUGCUACCUGGCGAGCUGGUCCGUCUAUCGAGAGGGCAAGGGUGCCUUCAAUGUUAGCUACGUGGUACCGGAUUACUGCACCCAUCUGGUUUACACGUUUGCCGGGCUGAAUUUGGCGGGUGGAAUUGAUUCGUUGGACUAUUAUAAUGACAUCAAUGUGAACAAGGGUUAUGAAAAGAUUGUGGAACUGAAGGAGGACAACCCCUGUCUUCAAAUUAUGCUGGCCGUUGGUGGAUGGAACGAAGGCUCCGAAAAGUAUUCUCUGAUGGCAGAAUCAGAAGACACCCGUAAGUUAUUUGCGGACCAAGCGUUAAAAUUUCUGUCUCACUUCGGGUUCGAUGGACUGGAUCUGGAUUGGGAGUAUCCGACCCAAAGAGGUGGCAUCCCCGAGGAUAGAGAAAACUUUGUUCUUCUUUUGGAAGAGUUGAAGGAGAAAUUUCAGCGUCGCAAAAAGUUGCUAACUGUGGCUAUCGGUGGUUCGACUCAAUUGAUUCAGCAAGCAUACAACGUUUCGGCACUGUGCUCAUUUCUCGAUUUCGUCAAUCUUAUGGGUUACGAUUACAAGAUAAAGGACAAAACAAGCUUGGAUGCUCCCAUUUAUCCGGAGGCAGGCCAGAGGACGGAAUCGAUUGACGAGGCUGUCGCCUAUCUGCGGAAAAAUGGGUGCCCACCUUCAAAAAUCGUUCUCGGAAUAACGACAAUGGCCAAAACUUACACCCUUAGACCAGGAAAUGUAGCUACGUUCAAUACGGGGGUUACCGUUCAGGGACCAGGAAAGCCAGGACCUUUUACUAAAAGCGCUGGUUCCCUAGGGUACAACGAGCUUUGUGAGCAGAUAAUCACCAACAAAUGGAGUACCAAAAUUCUUCCCAUGGCAGGUGUUAUGGUGGGUUAUCACGGCGAUCAGUGGGCAACCUUUGAGGAUGCGAAAACCGUGGGAAUGAAGGCACGAUAUGUGCGUGACAAAGGAUUGGGAGGAAUCAUGUUCUGGACCGUCGAUACCGAUGACUUUCACGGGGACUGUAAUAACGAGGCUUAUCCUUUGCUGCUGGCAGCUAAUCGUGUCUUCGGAUACGCUUCCUAGACGAUUUGAGUGCAAUUCAAUAAUGUAAUAAUGGAAGGAAUUCGAAGAAUUCAACAUUUAAAAAUAAAAUA